AUUGUGUUGGUGUCCUUUGACGUCAUUGUGUUGAGGUACUCCUGAGUGUCGGCGUGGACAAAGUCAUGGAGCGUUCGACAUACGGGGUCACGGCUGAAUUAAAAAACCAUAUUUGACUGGCAGCUGUUCAGUUAGGAUUAUAAGGGUAAUAAGAUUGCGGGCGCACAGUAUCAGCCUUAGCAAGACAGUGAAAGGCCUUUGUAUUGAAGCGUUCCACCUUGCUUUCAAAGCUGUCACAAUUUUGAACUAUUUAAACGCUCCAGUUUUAACUCAUUUAAAUCAUGCUGGGCCCCGUAGGCCCUUGAUGAUCCCCAUGAGAACAACUCAGCAGAAUAUAAUCUUAAACCUCGAACAGUUAAGUCGUUUAAUGUCUGUACAAACUCAUUUUGUGUAUAUGUCGAUCUUGGAGGAACCUUGUUGAAUGAGCUGUGACAUUGCGUCUGCAAAAAUGGGAUGGAGCUGCUACACCGAUUACAGUGACCUCGACCUUUGACCACUGAAACUGGAUCAUCUGUACUGAAGGCCUCCAGACAAGUGGAGACGUGGGCAGCUGUUCUGAAAAAGGAUGGCUUUGGAUCAUAUAUCAUUCAUCUAAACUGAUUUACGCUAGUAUUUUAUGUUCCUGUCACAGCGCAGGUCUUAAUAUAUUGAUUUUUUGCUUUGCUGCUGACCAUUGGAUGCCUUUCCUUCCUCCUUAUUUUGGAUCUAAGCAUAACAGCACUUUAAUUUUAGCAUAAAACCUGAAGGUGGGGUAAAACACAAAUUACACUAACUCGCCCCGAAUACCUUGAAUACAAAUGAACAGUUCAGCUGCAAUUUCUCUGAAAACAGAGGAACAGAACAUACUGUCUGUCUUGGAUUAUCGGGAACACGCUUUAUGUUAAUGCUGCGGCUGCUAUCCUUCAAUCAACAGACAUCAUCUACUGCAGUGCCAUUCGAUUCAUUCCGGGAGACGUUUAUUGCACUCAGCGCUGAGUUACAUAAUAAGGUCAGAUGGUCAACACCGGCAUCCAGAAGAACAUUGUGCUUCGUCCAGACAGCGUGUAGCAUAUCCAUCCUGUCGCCCAUCCUCAACCCAGACGCUCCAUUUUCACUCCUGCAUCAUGGACCCAAGGGAUAGACGGCAUGAGCUCUUGGACACUAGUCCCUCUGUCUCCUCUGACUCUUCCUGGACAUCAUUUGACGUUAGCACUGACCUCACGUCACUCAGUUCUGACCAUGUGUUGACUCCUGUGACAGCUCCCACUCGCUGGCCACCUUUCAUGGACCAGCACCCAAAGACCUCCUCCACAGUUAAGGUCUCGUCUAAAGUGGGAGCCAGAGAGGUUGCAUGGAGAGAGACGUCCUUCCUUGGAAAUGAUGACCAUAAGAACAAAAUGACGGGCUGGCCGCCCCCUGGCCCAGGCUCCUGGGCUGGACUGCAGGGGCCUCCAUACAGCUGGGACAGCAUGAACAGCACCAGGGACUGCCUCACCAGCCAAGUGUCCCAGAGCAGCUCCCUGGAAGAGGUCCACCUCGACAGUUUGCCCCCUGCCCCUCGUCUGGUGGAGAUGAGACGCGACCCCGUCCUGGGCUUCGGCUUCGUGGCCGGCAGCGAGAAACCAGUGGUGGUUCGCUCUGUGACGCCAGGUGGUCCGUCAGAGGGGAAGCUGUUGCCUGGUGAUGAGAUCAUCAUGAUCAAUGAUGAGCCCGUCGGCUCGGCUCCUAGAGAGCGAGUCAUCGACCUCGUCAGGAGUUGCAAAGAAUCCAUCAUGUUGACUGUUGUCCAACCGUAUCCUUCCCCGAAAUCAGCGUUCAUCAGCGCAGCCAAAAAAGCCAUGCUCAAGUCCAAUCCAGUCAAAGUGCGCUUUGCAGAGGAGGUCAUAAUAAACGGCCAGGUUCCGAACCCGGUGAAGGACAACUCUCUUCUGUUCAUGCCAAAUGUCCUUAAGGUGUACCUGGAGAACGGGCAGACCAAGUCUUUCCGCUUCGACUGCAGUACUUCUAUCAAGGACGUGAUCCUGACCCUGCAGGAGAAGCUGUCAAUCAAAUGCAUCGAGCACUUCUCCCUCAUGCUGGAGCAGAGGGCAGAAGGCUCUGGAAGCAAACUGCUUCUCCUGCACGAACAGGAGAUGCUUACUCAGGUGACCCAGAGGCCCGGCUCAGACAAGAUGAAGUGUUUCUUUAGAAUCAGCUUCGUUCCCCGGGACCCCGUGGAGCUGCUCCGGAGAGACCCUAUGGCGUUUGAAUACCUCUAUGUACAGUGCUGCAACGAUGUGGUUUUGGAACGGUUCGGCCCGGAGCUGAAGUACGACGCUGCGCUGCGAUUGGCUGCGCUCCAGAUGUACAUCCUCACGAUGACAACCAGACAGAGCCAGAAAGUCUCCCUCAAAUACAUCCAAAAAGAGUGGGGCUUCUCGCUUUUCCUGCCUCCUGCCGUCUUGUCCAGCAUGAAGGAGAAAAACAUCAAGAAGGCACUGACACACAUCCUCAAAACCAAUCAGAACCUUGUGCCUCCGGGGAAAAAAUUGACUGCUUUGCAGGCCAAGGUGCAUUACCUGAGGUACCUCAGUGAACUCAGACUCUACGGCGGGAGGGAGUUCACGUCAAUACUUUUGCAAGGGGAGAAACAGACGGAGGUGACUCUGUUAGUGGGGCCACGCUACGGCAUCAGUCACGUCAUCAACGCCCGCACCAACCUGGUGGCGCUUCUGGCCGACUUCAGCCACGUCAACCGCAUCGAGAUCCUCACGGAGGACGAGACCAACGUUCGGCUCGAGCUGCACGUUCUGGACGUCAGGCCCAUCACACUGAUCAUGGAAUCCAGUGACGCUAUGAACCUGGCCUGUCUGACAGCGGGCUACUAUCGCCUCCUAGUGGACUCAAGGAGAUCUAUCUUUAAUAUGGCUCACUGCAAUAGCACUGGAGGGGGCGAUGGUCAGGACCGUGUCCUGGAGUGGCCGUACAGCACGUCUCUGGGGGACAACGAGGACUCGUCGCCCGGCCAAGCAGUGGUCUACAACAGGAACUCUGAGUAUUCGGACGGACAAAGGGAGAACAGCAUCUCUCCCCACUUCCAUGAGCCUCAAAACCCCGACAGGGACCUUGGGAAUCGGAGAAGCCCCCUGCCCCCUCCCCUUCCCCCAGCUACAAGACACAAAUCUCAAGAAUCGCCUCGCAGUGCAAAAGUGUCUUUCAUAUUUGGGGGGGACCCUCCUUUGAACAAGACUAAGACUUUAGGCUAUGAAAGACUUCUGGAGAGCCCUGAGGUGCCUGAGCACAGGUCGCCCUAUGUACACAACAACACAGACUUUCAGCCUCAGGACAGAGUUCCAUUUCAAUUCAGUGGUCUGACUCAUGUCUAUAGUAAUAUUAUAAGUGAGGAAGGGGGUGAGGAGCCGCUGCUACGGGACCUGUUUUACCGCGAUACGACGGAUGAUGCGGAGGACGACGACGACGCGUCCUGUGAGGAAGACUCCACCGGGGGGACACCAGUGGGAGACCAAGGGGGAGCGUUGGCCACGGCAGCCGGGAAGGUUACUUUCCUCGCCCUGUCCGGCUCCACCGACGACAUCAUCGACCUGACGUCGCUUCCGCCCCCCGAGGGAGACGACGGCCUGGACGAGGACGAGGACGACGCGCUGCUGGAGACGCUCAACCUCGCCAUUGCGGCGCCGCCGCCGGGCUUUCGGGACAGUUCGGACGAGGACAUGGCUCCCGAGGGCAGGCCGCUGAGCACGCGUGAGAGCGACGACAUCCCAGUGUCGCUCAUCGACGCCGUUCCAAUAGACGGGGAGGGGGAGGGGAGCAGGGGAGAGGGGAGACGGCUGGACAGUGCUGUCGUGAAUACGCUACAGGCACUGGAGGCUCUGUCUGUCUCUGAACAACGGCCCCCCAUGCCACCACCCAGCAGUAACAAUCCAGGCGUUUACACAUCACGAGGCUUCAGCCCUCAGUCAUCCUCAGAUUCUGGCAACGAGACCAACUCAUCUGAGAUGACUGAAAUCUCCGAACUGGCUGCUACUCACAGGCUGAGCGAGAGCCACAUGCGUCUUCUGGUAGCAACGCGCGAAGGAUACCAGCCUUUGCUGGAGGAGAAAACCGAAUUCCCCAUCUCCCCCAGCACAGCCGGAACGGCACAAAAGAAAGCCCGCAGUCCAAUGCAGCACCUCCAGCCUCCAGCGGUUCCACCGAGACGAAGCCCUCAUUUGGACUCUGGUCCGGACAGCUUGGAGGUGAGAACCCACCCUAAUCUCUCCUCCACCCUGCAGCGGCCUAGUUCCACCACACCGGGAGGCAAACAUCACAAAAAGUCUGCAGAUUCCAGUGGGAAGUACAACACCUUCAGCACCAGAGAAGGGCAUCGGGGCGAGGUUUCCAGCCUCAGCCUCCUGGGCGUAGACCAGCGCACCUCGUUCUGUGAGCGAGGGGAAAGUCAAAGAAGGCAGGAUUCUUUUCUGGCAGAAAACUCGGUAUCCGAGGACCUCGGAGUCAACAGCCUCCCUCACGACCAUCACAGAAUCCCUCGCCCUCCCUCCUCUACCUCUGACCCCCUCUUAGACGUCAACUUAGGGGACUGCGGUACAGAUAACGGCGCAGCCCCCGCGGAGCAAGAUGAACAUCUAGUUGUAGCAUCAUUACUGUCCCCGACCAAAAAGUCCAGAUCAGGAGGCUCCGACCAGGGGUCCGACAUACAGAGUGACCAUCAGCCGAUUUCCAGACAGCAGAGCGUUGCGCGUUUGUGUGAGUACCAUUUAGCAAAAAGGAUUUCAAGCUUGCAGGGGGAAGCUCACAGUUCACUACAGGGUUCCCUCUGCUCGUCGCUGGACGCAGGCGGCAGCACCAACAGCAGUGCCUGUGCCACCCCGACUGACUCCCCGCAGGGCCCUGGCGGGGUUGAAUCGAAGCACCACCAUCUGCAAAGGCACCCGCUCUCGAGCUCCUCCUCCUCGCUGCUCAGGGUGCUGAACUAUGAGGACAACAGACCUGGAGCCUCUCACGGCAUCCCUGGCCAGAACAGCCAGGGGAGAGAGCUCCACCCUCAUGCGGAUCCCGCCCUCCUCCGAAAGAUGCUGCCCAACAUUCACCCCCCUGCGGCUGGAGCCGAACUAGGCCGCCCCUCCUCUGCCACGCCGUCUAAGCAUAAAGACAAUGCCAGUACCGCAGGCAAGAGGCCCCACAAUGAUCUACAUGCUAAACAACAGGCCUAUCUGAAGGGGCUGAACCAGAAAGAAGGCAGCGAGGCCUACAGACAGCUGAUUAACUAUCUAACUGUGAGCCAGAUGCAUCAGGGAGGAAAGCUGCAUAGCGCCGGCAUGGGCGGGGCAGUGAAAAAGGACACGAGGCGCUUUAUCACUAGCAACCCUCAGCUUGUUGAAAUGGUUAAGAAUCGCGGCAACACGAUCGCUCGCUGCCCAUGCAUGCCUUCUUCUGUAUCGUCCCCGUUCCUCAGCCCGAGUGCAGCUGCCUCGCAGCUGGCAGGUAAAAAUCCACUGUUAUAUCACUCCGCCACGCUUCCAGCCAAACUCAACAGAAACCCCGACGUCCACGCUCCGAGGAUGAAUGACGCGGUGGAUUUCAGGCCGGCUGCUGCUGAGAGGAGGAGCUCCUUUUCAGGCCUGGAGAGCGAGCUCGAGGGGAGCGGUAUGGACCCAGAGCACUUCCUGUCCCUGUGCAAAAGAGACAGCUGUAUCAAUCGGGACGGGGCCAACAUCGCAGGCGGCAGUCGCGAGGUCAUAUGUGCCACUAAUCGCCUCCCACCUCGAUCGAGAAGCCAACCUAGUGGUACCGCGGAGGACUGGUUCAAAACGGACCCGAGGGCGAAGCAUGCCGUCCGUCAGUCUCCUCGUCGUCGUCCUAACGAUCCUCUUUGUUUCUCUGCUCCUGGUGGCCAGCGAGCCGAGCUCCACACCGUCUCCUUAGGGAGGGGGGACCACCCAUCAGCUUUCAUCAGGCAGGCGUCCACCGGCAGAGUUACCAUCCCUCCUCCCCCGCCCCCCCCCCCCCCCCCCCCCUCCUGUGUCUCUAUCUGUGCAAGCCAACACGGGCUCCAGCAACUCAGGAUGCAUGCAGGAUUCCCUCCACUCCAGACAGAAUCAGAACCACAUUCAGACCGUUACCCCAACACCGCCGCAGACGGACCUCUUUGGGAAUAGCCUGCAAAGGGGCCGGGAGCUCAAACGCAGCUCUAGCAACGUGACUGCCAGCUCUGGAAGCGUGGAAGUUUUGUUUGAAAAGCCCACGCGGAGCCGGAGCCAGCAGCCUCUGUCACCAUCUGUGCCCCUGCAAGGUGA